AUGGAAGACAUACCGAACGAAGACUUCUGCCUCCCUUGCCUUGAACGUUCUGACCGCCUCUGGCAUGGAGGCGAACCAUUCCGAGUUUACUGUGACCAUACCGCUGCUUGCCAGCCAUUUCCUGCUAGUCUCGAAGGCACUCGCCUGGAAUACCUCGCCCUUAUCACUACCAUAGACCGGAACUUCAAAUAUUCGGCUAUGAACCCUGAUUCGUACAACGCGAAGAUAACUGAGGCGACCCACAACCUCAAUGCUGAAUUCACUAAGGCUGUCGGAGUCCACCAGCGCCGGUACUUCGAUGACCAGGCUGGGCUUGAAUCCUUCUGUGCGUCCCGUAGAGCAUCUAUCGACCCUGAAAAGCCUAUCUCUGAGAAAGGAAUACCUGGAGCCUUAUAUGCCAAAGCUACCACAAAGCCGCGCCUACAGUGGGGUGAUCAUGGCUGGUAUAUCUGGCAGGCGGCCAUGAAGGACUUUAAUCGCACUAUGAUGAAGCUGAUUGACGAGUAUGAUGAGUCCGAUUACGUUUAUGGCGAUGAGACCUGCUUGCAAGCCUGGAUCCGAAAGUUCCCCUUGCCUCUGAAGAAUUGA